CAGAACACACUGCGCGACCGGCAACAAUGGCGGCCAGAUCAUCAAGUAUUCAAAAGCAGCUGAAGGAGACGCAGAAGACGCUCCAGCAGAGAAUCCAGCAGAGAGAGAAAGAUCUCCAGCAGCUGAGAGAGGCUGUGGAGUCUCAGAAGCGCUCUGCACAGACAGCAGUGGAGGACAGUGAGAGGAUCUUUACUGAGCUCAUCCGCUCCAUUGAGAGAAGCCGCUCUGAGCUGAUACGGCUGAUCAGAGAUCAGGAAAAGCAAGCAGUGAGUCGAGCUGAAGGACGACUGGAGCGACUGGAGCAGGAGAUCAAUGAUCUGAGGAGGAGAGACGCUGAGCUGGAGCAGCUUUCACACACACAGGAUCACAUCCAGUUCCUGCAGAGUUUCCAGUCUCUCUCAGCUCCUCCUGAAUCUACAGACGUAAAUGAUGAUCUCUUCAGUUCUCUCGUCUCUUCUGAUGCUUUGAGAGAAUCUGUCCAUCAGCUGAGAGACAAACUGGAGGAUUUCUGCAAAGAGGAGCUCAAGAAGAUCUCAGACAGAGAAACAUUCACCAACAUUGUUCCCAGAACCAGGAACCACUUCCUACAAUAUUCCCAUCAGCUCACUCUGGAUCUGAACACAGUGAAUAAACUCCUCCGUCUGUCUGAGAGCAACAGAGAGAUUACUUUCACUGACACAGAUCAGCCGUAUCCUGAUCAUCCAGACAGAUUUGAUUUUUGGUAUCAGGUGUUGUGUAGAGAGAGUGUGUGUGGACGCUGUUACUGGGAGCUGGAGUGGAGUGGAGAUUAUGGUGUGGAUAUAUCAGUGUCAUAUAAGAGCAUCAGCAGGAAGGGAACGGGUGAUGAGUGUAGGUUUGGAGCUAAUGAUCAGUCCUGGAGUUUGCGCUGCUCUCCCUCCAGAUACUUAUUCAGACACAAUAAGAUAAAGACUGAUCUCUCUGUGAAGCCCAUCAUCAGUAGAAUAGGAGUGUUUGUGGAUCACGGAGCAGGAACUCUGUCCUUCUACAGCGUCUCUGACACAAUGAGCCUCAUCCACACACUCCAGACCACAUUCACUCAGCCGCUCUAUCCUGGGUUUAUGGUUUGGUCUGGAUCAUCAGUGAAACUGUGCUGAUUAAUCAAAUUAGAUAUUAUUAUUAUUAUUAUUAUUACUAUCAAAAUGACCUUUCAAUUCAAAUGAUCACACAGUCAAUAAAUAAUUUCAUUGUUUUCCUCAUGUAGCUCCGGCUCUUCCUAGCAUUUGUGUUCUUCUGUAUUUCGGUGUUUUUGUUGUCAUGCAUUUAAUUGUUAAUUGUGAAAUUUGUUUUUAAUUUUAAGUUACAGCUUGUUAAUAAUUAGUGGUAAAAAUGAUCAUUUUAAACUCUUAAAGCUCAUAUUAUUCAGCGUGAUUUUAUGACAUUCAAGUAAAAUAGUCUUGUACUUUUUGAACUUCAUUCGUCACCCCACAUUUUUAAAAUGCUGAUUUUAAGAAAAAUGUAAUAUGACAUUAAACAAUUUACUAAUAGUU